UGAGAGAAAAAGAAAAAAAAAAGUGGGGGCGAGGGCUACUCUCCAAAUCAGGCUUUCAGUGAGUGAUGCUGCCGCCAUAGGUAGAGGCUGCACAGAAACAUGCUGGGAUUAAAGCAGUGAGUGGACCGACGGCUCCCCGCGCGCACCUGGUCUUAGCGUGACGCACAGGUCCCCGGAGUCACGUUGGAGCGGAGCCGGCGGCGGCGGAGGGAUCACCAAGUUGGGAUGUAUUGAGAGAGGAUGCUGGCGUCCCGCAGCUGUUAUUGCGCUUUAAAUCUGAACGCAAAAUAAAAGGGAAGGUGUGAAGAUUUCUUCUCCUCUGGCGCCUCAAGAAAGCAAUAAAACUAUGCGGAUUUUGUCCCGUUUAUGUUAAGCUGCGAGAAGCCAGGGUGUUGGAGGGAUUUUGGAAACUGAUUGGGAUCUGAUCCAAGUGGCGCAUCCACCGCUCCGACUGCGCGUAAUGGGAGAAAAGUUUCGGAGGCGCUCGCAUCAUCCCGCCACUUGUAAAUAACAUGUGAACCCCGCUUCUUCUGAACGCAUCAGACCAAGUUUCCUAGUGAAUUUCUAACCAUCCAUUAUGACUUGAAACACUCCUGGGGGAGAUCGGGACUCUAAUCAAACCAGCGAACGAUCCCCGCACCGCCAAAGAAGCGCAGACGGACAUUUCGGAUCUAGAGGAGAGGAUUUCUGCAGCACCGCAGUGAAGAAGCCCGAUCCGCUUGAUACAGAGACAGGUUCCGUUUGGAUGGCUGUGAUGCUUCACCAGCUCGGACAGAGGUGUGUGAUGGAGCUGGUGCUGCUGGCCGUCCUGUCCUGGGUCACCGUGUGGGCGGAGGAGAAGAUCAUAUUUGACAGGCACGCCGUUUACUGGAACAGCUCCAAUCCCAAGUUCUGGCAUGGCGAGUACAGAGUGGCAGUGAACAUCAAUGACUAUCUAGACAUCUAUUGUCCUUUCUACGAGGGUCCUCCAUCCCAUGGGCGAAUGGAGCGCUACAUCCUUUUUAUGGUCAACCAUGAAGGCUACACUUCCUGCCAGCACAGAAUGCGUGGCUUCAAACGCUGGGAGUGCAACCGCCCUAGUGGUCCUGAUGGCCCCCUGCGCUUUUCAGAGAAGUUCCAGCUCUUCACUCCGUUCUCGCUGGGCUUUGAGUUCAGGCCGGGGCACGAGUACUACUACAUCUCAUCUCCUCACCCAAACCAUGUGGGCCGGGCCUGUCUAAAGCUGAAGGUGUAUGUCAGACCUCCAGAUGGGUCGGGAUAUGAUUCUCCGGAGCCGUUCCUGACUGACGGUGGUCCAGAAUCCAACGCGGGUGGUGCGGUCCUGUUAGCGGCUCUGGCCCCACUCCUCCUGGGACCAGUCUUUGGGCUGUGACUACCCCUUCUCCCCCUCUUCUUGGAGCGCCCAUGCUGGGAUGAUGGGCUGGGCUGGCUGUCCCUCUAAAUCCACCACCCCUCAGGGAAGCCCUCUGUCUCCACCCUCUUCCUUCUUCCCUCCUCCACUGCAGUAUGACCACCAACCACCCUCCACUGCCAGCCCCCCUUUCAUGGCCCAGCCACAGACACCCUUCCCUGGAAUACCUGCAAUUUUUUUAUAAGCAGUCUGGGAAGCUACCCUUCCUUCUCUUUUCCCUGAAUCCCAGGCGGAGCAGCACCUUUCAGCUGAAAACACGAGAGAAAUGUCUCAGCACUCAUAUCAGGGGGUCGUUUUUUGACUUUUGACUCUUGCCCACUGAUGGGAUAGAAGUAGCCAUGGCUAUGAUUAAACUUGUCGUUCCAUUGCAGUCCCUAUCCUGCAAUCUCGGCUGGGGGCAUUAGGCGAUAGGCCUGAGUGCACAAAGAUUGGUUUUUUGCUCUCAUGGUUUUCCCUUCCUCCAACUACGAAUUGGAAGUGGCCAAGCUGGCAUUAAAAUUGGAAUUCAAUACAAACGCAGACCAUCUCCAAAGUACAAUGAGGAUGAGAGUGAUUAUAAUGAGCAGGAGAAAAGUUACCUGGACUUUACUGCAAAGAGAAAAAAGUGUGAAAGAAUUUUAAACUAGGCCAAGUAAGACAUGUCACUUGCUACAGCGUCAUGGAAACUUAUUCACAUUUGGUAUUUUUACCGUAGUUAACUAAAAUGUAUUUCACUGACAAUUUAUAAGAUAAAACAUCACAAUGUAACAGAAUAUUGACAAGUGGAAGUGAAAGUAUAAACAUUCAUCUGUUUUUUAUUAUAUAAACAUUCAAAAGUGUGGCAGGCACUGCAUUCCUCCUCCAUCUUUCUGUCCAGUUAAUUUGACAAGCCUUUUUGGGUAGUAACUCUAAAAGCUUUGAACAUCUUUACAGCAGCUUGACCCAUUCUUGUUUUGCAAAGUAGAUGCAGUUCAGAUUAGAUGCAGUCAAUGAAUAUCAGUCUUUAAGUCUUGACUGACUUCUAACUGGAUGUUGGUCUGGGCUUUGACUAGGCCAUUUUAGCUCUUGACAAUUUAUCUAAAUAAUUUUACUGUAGUUUUGGUUGUAUUUUUAUGGUAAUCUUAAGUCUCCUCUAGCCUCUACAAUAUAGAUAAUAGAUAAUAUAGACAAUAGAUAUCCAAUGUUGGUCAUCGAGGCCCUCUGUCAAUGAUUUUCAAUGAUGGGCAAUAAGCAAACUUUUACUAAACUGCAAUUAUCUGAAUUAGCUAUGUGCUAAAGCACGGAAACAUCUAAAACUUGCAGGACACUGGCCCUCAGGGACCGACUUUGGACCUGCUCUAAUAACAGGCCUUGGGUUUUCACUCUAUAUUGCCCCAUAUAUCCUCCAAUAGGCUCUAAGAAUCUCUCAAAAUGCAGCCUGUCCCUGCUGAAGACACCACUGGCACUGCCUACUAACCUUGUAAGAUGGUGUGUUCAAGGAAAUUGGGCUUUGUUUUUCUCUGAAAAUAAUGUUUUAUUUUGGACCCAUUAUCCCCUUCUAAGAUGCUGAACAUGGUUUGUUUUAUACAGGGGUUUUUUACAGGGUUUAUUUUGGCUCAACAGUGGGUUUGUUUUGUUGGUUAACUAAAAGUCAG